AUGUCAGAAUAAAAAGAUAGUUCACUAUAGGGAUAACUUUUUGAUAAUUUAAGAUCAUUGAUAACACUUAUAGAUCAAUUAAGAGAUUUGGGAGUUUAGGAGUACAUAAAAUUACCCAGAAUAGCUGUUUUAGGAAGUUAGAGUGCAGGAAAAAGUAGUCUUUUGGAGAAUAUUGUUGGAUUGGAUUUUUUACCAAGAGGUGAAGGAAUAGUAACAAGAAGACCUUUGGAAAUGAGAUUAAUACAUAAACCUGAUGCAUUAAAACCAUGGGCAGUGUUUGAUGUAUGUAAAGAUUAGAAAUUCUUUGAUUUUGAGAAGGUUAGAGAAUAUAUUGUAGAAUUGACAGACAAAGCAACAGGAAAUUCAAAAGGUAGAAAGAAUUAAAAUAAUAAAUUAGAUGUUGUACCUGAUCCAAUAGUAAUGACUGUUUAUUCACGUGAUUGUCCAGAUUUGACAGUAAUUGAUUUACCAGGAAUAACAAGAAUAGCAAUAAAAGGAUAACGAGAAGAUAUUGAGAAAGUAACAUUAGAAAUGGCUACUCAUUAUUGUUAAGAUGAAAGAACAAUAAUAUUAGCUGUAUGUCCAGCUAAUCAAGAUUUAUCAACAAGUGAUGGUCUUUAAUUAGCAAUUAAAUUAGAUCCAACUGGAUCAAGAACUUUAGGUGUAAUUACAAAAGUAAUAAUAUAUAAUAUUAAUAUAGAUUGACAUUAUGGAUUAGGGAACAGAUUGUAGAAAAGAAUUAUUAGGAUAAGUGAUACCUUUGAAAUUGGGUUAUGUUGGUGUUAAGAAUAGAAAUUAAAAAGAUAUUAAUGAUAAAGUUAGAGUUGCAGUAGCUUUAUAAAAAGAGACAGAUUUCUUUGCAAAACAUGCAUUAUAUUCUUAGAUGCCUCCAGAUAUUAUGGGAACAAAAGCUUUGAUUUAGAAAUUAACUACUAUCUUGUUUAAACAGUAUGUAUUCUUUAAAUAAUCAAAGUAUUCGAGCAUCCUUACCUUAAAUUAUCAGAGAAAUAGAUAUCAAGGUUUAAGAUUGUGAAGUUAAACUUGCUUAACUUGGUCCAGGAUUACCUAGAGAUAAUAAAGAAAAAAUGUAAGUUAUCUGGAAUAUGUUGACUGAAUAUACAGAAAAUCUUAAUAAUAAAUUAAGAGGAAAAUUUGAUGUCAAAUCUGCAUUAUAAAAAGAUACACAAAUUUCUGGAGGAGCUUAAGUCAAACUCUAUCUAAAUGAUCUAUAUAAAGAGUAUUCUCUUUUAUUAUACAAUAUAGUGAAGCUAGCAAGACUUUUAGAAUCAGUAGAGAGUAUACAGAUAGAGAAAUUAGAGAGGCCAUUAGAUUGCAUUAAGGUGAUUCUAUUCCAGGAUUUCCAUCUUUUGAUAGCUUUUUAUAUUUGAUUAUGCCACAAUUAGAGAAAUUAAGAGAACCUGCAGUAAACACUCUUAAUGAAGUGUUUACAUAUGUUGACUCAUUAUCUAAUAGCAUAUUAAAAAAAGUGUUUUACAGAUUCCCUACAAUUUUAGAUGCAAUAUCAGAUAUCAGUUCAUAAGUUUUAACAGAAUAAAAGAAUAAAACAAAAGUAGUUGUUGAGAAUUUGAUUGAUGCUGAGCUAGGUUACAUUUUUACAAAUGAUUAAGAUUAUUUAACAAUGAAUGCUAGUAUUAUUCCAGUAUAUUUAUGGUUUCUAUUUAAUUUUAGUAAGAAGAUAAAGAGGAUUAGAAAAGUGCAGCUGCUGCUCCAACAGGUGAUAAUGCUGCAAAUACAUCAACAACAACAACAACAACAACAUAAAAUUAAAGUAAAUCAGCUUAAUCAGGAAAUAAGGAUACUGAUCCAGAAAAAGUACUAGCCUAAGAAUUGAGCAGAAGAUUAGAUUCAUAUUAUAGAAUUGUCAUUAGAAAUUUAAGAGAUUCUAUUCCUAAGGCAAUAGGAUAUUUCUUAGUUAGAGCAGCUUAAGAGUAAAUGCAAUUUUAAUUAUAUAAUGAAAUAAUGAAGAGUUAAUCUGUUAUGGGAUUAAUGUCUGAAGUAAAAUUUUAAUUUAAUUAUAUUUAGCCUGAAUAUAUAACAAUCGAAAGAGAUACAAUCAAAAAGACUUUGUAGGUAUUGAGAAAUGCAUAGAAAUUAUUGAAAUAGGAUCCAUAGUAUUUUAAAUAUUUAAACAAAAUAGAUAAACAUUCUAACGAUAAACUAGUGAAGCUGUUUUAGAUAAAGUAAAGAAAACUGCAGCAGAUACAAUUAAUAAAACAAAAAGAUUUCUUGGAAUAUGAUUUUUAUCAAUUAUAUAACCAAGCAUAUUAUUUUAUAAACC